AUGUCAUCGCAAGAUCCCCACCGUCAAGGGGAAGAGGAUGCUUUCGUGGGAGCCGACGAGGCCGAGGAGAUUUUCACUCGCGACGAGGACCACCCCAUGGAGUCAGACGGCGAAGACGAGGACCAGGACAUGCAAAUUGAGGAACAGAUCACCUUCCAGAACGACUCCUCCGCACACUUCGACGCGCACAACGACUCCGUAUUCUGCGUUGCGCAGCAUCCUACCCACAACAACAUUGUCAUCACCGGUGCUGGCGACGACACCGCCUAUAUCUUCGACUCGACCCCCGCUGAGCGGCCUGUUCUCCCUUCGAGCUAUGAAUCAAACCCCCAGCCCCGCGAGCGCGAGUCGCUCAAGCCUAUCACGAAGCUAGAUGGACACACCGACACCGUCAAUGCUGUGGCUUUCACCGAGCCUGCCGGCGAGUACGUCGUGACCGCAGGUUUGGACGGAAAGCUCCGCGCAUGGAGGGACUCCACGCCCCAGAAGACUGGUUUUGCAUGGGAUUUCGUGGCUGAGGCGCAGGAGGUAGAGGAGAUCAACUGGGUGGCUGUUUGCCCCUACCAGCAGGGAAAUGAGGAGAAGCGCAAUGUCGUGGCUAUGGGUGCCAAUGACGGCAGCGCUUGGGUCUUCCGUAUCGACCACACCGAUUCUUCACCUAUCACCAUCAUUCACACCUUUUUCCAACACACCGCGUCUUGUACGGCAGGUGCCUGGACACCAGAUGGAAACAUGCUCGCGACUGUCUCGGAGGAUGGAAGCUUCUAUGUCUAUGAUGUGUUUGGAGCCGCUGCUGCGGCUGGCAUUACCGGAUCCGCCGGUACCAAUGCCGUGGUUGGUUUGACCCCGGAGGACCAGCGAUUUGCCGUCGACGGUGGUCUGUAUUCGAUCGCCGUCUCGCCAGGCGGUGGCAUUGCCGCUGUUGGUGGUGCCGAGGGUCGCAUCAAGGUCGUUGGCCUGCCUCGACUGUCUGGCGGCGCGCCGGCUGCGAAGGGCAAGGCUCCCGCUCAGUCGGCUACUGCUUCUGCUGCUGGUACCAUUCUGGCUGAUCUCCAGGCUCAGUCAGAUGGCAUCGAGACCCUGUCUUUCUCACAGCCCCCGCUGACUCUUUUGGCCGCGGGCUCCGUGGAUGGCUCAAUUGCUUUGUAUGACGCUGCCCACCGUUUCGCUGUUCGUCGCCAUGUCAAGGAGGCCCACGAGGGCAACGCCGUCGUGAAGGUUGAGUUCUUGCAGAGCCGGGCUCCUGCUACUGCUCGACCUGGUGCCGCUAACCAGACCCGGUCAUGGCUGCUCACUUCCGUCGGACUGGAUGGUAUCGUCCGCCGGUGGGAUGCUCGCGGCGGAACCACUGCCGCUGGUCAGGGUCUCCUGAAGGAGUGGAAGGGACACAUGGGUGUCACUGAAAACGAGGAUGGUGAGCAGGCUGGCGGUAUCAUGGGCUUUGUCCAGGGCUUUGAUGGAAAACGCGUUGUCACUGCUGGAGAUGACGGUGUCUCUCUGGUGUUUGAGGAUGAGUAG